CUUCUCCUACUUCAUAAAUAGUAUUACAUCCAAUUAAAUCCUAUAUAUUUUGAUUAUCAUAUACUUGAAGACUAAUUACAUUUGUACAUUUUUUUCCCAUAAAUAGUAGUAUCAGGGCUUAAGUAACUCUUGAGUUUUUUAACGUUUUUCUUUUCCCAUUAUCUGUAGAAGCUAGUACCCUAAUUACGUAUUCUAAUGCCUGCAGGUUUAAGUCUCUGUGUAACACAUUCUAAGUUCCUGUAUUCUUCCAAAAGUCAACGGUUAAUUGGAGCGGAAGCGAUCAUGGAUGUUGAUUCUGAGCCUACAAUGGAGGAAACCAUCCUGGUUGGUGAUGACCUAAUGAUGGGGCCACCAUCACCUCUCAUCCCUCCUGAAAUUGCAUCUCAUGUCCUGGCAGGUGUUGAUUUAUGCGAUGGAGUUUUGAGGAAUAUAUUUCUAUGCUUGCAGAUCAAUGACAUCGAACCAUUCUGUCAAGAUGAGAUUGCGUUGUACAAACAGUGUGCUGAAAGACGGGAUAAAGAGCUGAGGCAACGGCUUCAAGAUAGUGAACACAAAUUAGGGUUGUCAAUGCCCUUGGAUGAUGCUAAGGAUAGAGCUGUGCAACUUCAAUCUGAGGUUACAUCAUUAGAGAGGCGCUUAAUUCUUGCAAGUGGAAUGGAAGGCAUGGAAGGAUUUCGUCAGAGAUGGAGUCUGCAUGGUCGCGUUGAAGACACCAAGAAAAGGCUAGAAUCAUUGAAAAAUGGAAUUGAGAAUAGGAAAAAGGAAGAGCCGGUUGGAAAUUCAGGCACGAAGAGAUGGUUCUUUUGGUAAGGUAACUUGCUUACGGGUGUAUCUGAAACUUUGCUUGAUGAGGUUCUUAUUGUGCCUGCUAAUUUGCAACACGAGCAUCCAAGAAAUCAAUAAAAGUAAUUCAAUGGGCCAAGAGUUGGAGUUAUUUGGAGCAUCCUGUUGGGGAAUCUUUAUUGUUUAAAGAUUUUACUCAAGUGUUGGCUCUAGUAGGAAAUAUGGAGCACCCUAUUUUCUCUGAAGUAGCAAAGUCUCUUUUCCAGUGAUUUAGGAUUAUGGUCUGUUGACAGAAAGCAUGUUAUUGAAGCAUCUUUCUUUAUGGUAGGCUAGGGCCAAUUGUUGCUGUACAGAAUGUUGACCAAUUCUUGUUACAGGUUUGAACCCUGCAUUGUCACUAAUCCUUUGAAACCAAUCCUUGUCUUUGCUAUCAGAUUAGGGAACUAUACAACAUACCACCCUUGUUUGUGCAUGGUGAUUUUAAAUGGAUGGGGCUUUUGUUGAACAA